UCCAAAUCUUACUACGAGCAAGAUCAACACCGACAUCAUGAGCGAAACCAGGACGUGGAAGGGUAAGCGCGCUGCUACCCACCAACAUGACUUUCAGGAAAUGAAGCAGAAAAGGCUGUUGUCGACAGAACUGGGGCCACUGAGAUCAAACUCAAAACUGAAGGCUCGCCUUCGGGCUGAAGAAGAAGCAGCUACUCGCUCGUUGGUCAUGUCAAACCAGGAACAGUCUCCGUUCCUUCAACUCCCAGCAGAAAUCCGGGUUCGCAUCUACGAGUUUGCUCUCGGCGGCAACACAAUCGAAACUGGCUUCAUCCGCAAAACCGACGUUACGCCUGGACGAGUGGCGCGGUACUCCACAAACAGCUCCGCCAUGAAGACGUUUAGAGGUGUGAUCAUGUCUUGCCGCGCGAUCAGAGCUGAGACAAAACUCAUCCUGUACCGUGCGUUGAUCUUCAACUACACGUACAGAGACGACUGGACAGCUUGGUUCAAAUUACUCGGCCAGGAGGAGCGCGCUGCCAUCAGGACCGUUCAGCUGGAAUUUGCCACUCCUCAUCGCCUAAGGUCCUCGAAUCUCGGUAUCUUCCACGAUAUCCCGAACCUGAAGGUUAUCAUCUUCCACUGGCUCUGGUCCAUGCAGGGGUUCGAUGAGGGACCCAUUCGGGAGGCUGCGCAGGCGAGAAACUGGCGGAUAAUCUCCGAGGAGGUUAGAAGCGAAUGGGCUAAGAGAAACCAAGUGCAUCCAUUCGGCUGCGUUUGCUGCAACGGCUGAGGUUAGCUGCAGGCCUCUGCAUGUGCUGAGAGUUGCAGCAUAGAAUACAAGUGAGGCCAGUAUAGGGAUGUAAUGUGACUAUUAUUGUGCAUAGUUGUGCUAUAGUGGACGGUGACAACUAUCGCAAGAAUUAGUAGAUCGUGCGAAGUAGAUGGUAGCUUCGCAACAUGAUAUGAGGUUGAUGAGAUGUAGAAGGCACGGCACUGGUCAAAUGGAGUUGUGCGCUCGCAACUUCCUUCUCCAUAUUUGUUCGAUCCACCUGAAGACCUCAUACUCAUGACAUCGUACUUUGAGUCUCCAGACAGUCAACUCUAUCAGCUCACAUAUUUAACAUGUGCCAGAAUUGUCAACUGCAAUGUGGGCAAUGUAACCAAGGAGCUUGAACAAGUGGAGGAGGGACGUC